AUGAGUAAAAUGGAAAUGGACAAAUAUGAGAUAAUGUAUACACCAAAGAAUAAAAUAGAAAUGAUGAAGGGAAUGUCCAGCGAAACUUGUUAUGCAAGUAGUGACUCAAGUUUUUCAGAUACCAAUUCGGCAGAAACUAUAUCACUUGACUCCAGUAGUUCAUUCUCAAGUCAAAUUAUAACAAAUUGCGAAUCGAGUUCUAGCAUAGCAAAUUCGAUACAAACUACUGAAACCGGACCAAAUGCAUUGACUAUUGAGAACAAAACUGGUUUACUAACAACUGAGCAGAAAUGUGAUAGCAAAUUGACGGUGGAAAAGGUGGUUAAGGAACUAUUUGAAGUAUUCGAACAAGUAAUACUUCAGGCCUACAAGUGUAAAUACGUCCAGUUUAUAUACUUUUUCAUAGCGUCAUUUGAUGUUAAAUGGCUCAGGAUGUUCCUACAGAGACUCUUUGGUAUAGUUUAUGACAACUCUCAACAUGUAAUCAAACGUAGAACCGCAGCCUCUUACAUCUCAUCACUCAUAUGUAGAGCUAAAUACGUUCCCCAGAAUUUUAUCACUUCAACCCUAACGCACUUUUUCACACUCCUCUCACCAUUCAAUCAAUUCAUAUCCAAAAGUGGUGAUAGUAAUCUUAUCACUAACACUACUGGUAUUGACAGAACCAUUUCUGGUACUGUUAGUACUAACACAAGUAGCACCGUAAAUGGAAUUAUCACGAAUGGUAAGGUGGUAACAAAGAAACUGAGUUUGUUUUAUUCAAUAUUGCAGGACAUAUUGUAUAUAAUUUGUUAUCAUACGGAUGUGAUAUCGAGAUCAGAGUCAUGUGUGUCGUUUAUUGAGAAUAGCGAGACUGGGUUAAUGGCGUAUCUAACAUCAUAUUUGGACCCGUUGGCAUACUGCAAGAGGUCAGUAAUAUCAGAAGCAAUCAAGUCAACAUCGUAUUACUCAAAUCUGGCCUGUUUGCACAAGUUCCUCAAGUCGAAAAGCUAUUUGCUGGAUAAUUCUAAAGAGUCUGAGCAGUUCAAGUGGUCGUUCUAUAGUCCAAUCGACUCCUUCUUUCCCUUUGACCCAUAUCUACUACACCACUCCAGGUUUUAUAUCAGCGAUAAAUACAACUCCAAGCCCCAUGUGCCAGAAUCAGCGAUGUUAGAGGACCAGACCAGAGUGGAUUCAGUGGUAACAACACAACAGAAUAAAGUGGUCGAUGAAGUUGUGGACGCAAUCAAGAGUGAUAAGAAUCUCGUGGAGGAUGACUUGAAACGUAUGUCAAGAUGCCUUGAUGAUUCACUUGGAUUCUCCUCAAUUUCAAGAGCUCUGAAGGCUAAGCUGGAUAUACUGAAACGAAAUUUCAGUGCCGAUACUACCCAAAUUGAGGCCGACUAUGAUUUCUGGAACUACGAAAACACCAUUAAACUGCUGGAAGAUACAGAUAAUCCAGCCACAAUCUCAAUGGAUCAAGAUGAAAUGAGAUUAUGUGAGGAGUUGGGAAUAGAAGUGAUGGAAGAUAGGAAGCAUGGUCUUUUGGAAUUAUUGACUUCAUCAAGUGCAUACAAAUCUGCCAUUACAAAUUCCAAAAGAGCAAAAUUAUGUCAAACCAAUUAA